AUGGACGACUUCUCGGUUUAUGGGCAAACGUAUGAAGUCCGUAUGAACAAUUUAGAGAAGAUACUAAGGAGAUGUGAAGAGAUAAAUCUUGUGCUGAACUGGGAGAAGUGCCACUUCAUGGUGAAUGAAGGUAUUAUGCUCAGGCACAAAGUUUCCAAGGAAGGGCUGGAGGUGGAUAAGGCGAAGAUUGAGGCCAUUGAAAAGCUUCCACCAGCAGCAAAUGUGAAGGCUAUCAAGAGUUUCUUGGGACAUGCAGGAUUUUAUCGUUGUUUUAUGAAGGACUUUUUGAAGAUUGCUCCACCAAUGAGUGCGUUGCGGGAGGCCGAAAGAACGUUUAACUUUGAUGAACAAUGCCUCAACGCAUUCAAAAUACUGAAUAACGCAUUGAUAACCACACCUGUGUUGAUCGUACCUAACUAG